CCAGGUAGCCAGGGGACGAGACUCAAGAAACUUCCACGCAUUCCACUUCUUGCAGUAGUGCAGUCAAGAGGCCACCAUGACAACUUACACCGACAAAGGAACAAAGCCUGAUGCUGGAAAGUUCUUGAGAUUCGACCACAUCAAGUUUUGGGUUGGAAAUGCCAAACAGGCUGCGUCAUUUUAUUGCGCCCGAAUGGGAUUUGAGCCCCUCGCUUACAAAGGGCUUGAAACUGGCGAGCGCCGAGUGGCAAGCCAUGCCGUCACUCAAAAUAAGAUCGUUUUUCUGUUUGAAUCGGCGUAUUUGCCCAACGAGAAAGAAAUGGGCGAGCACUUGGUAAAGCACGGUGACGGCGCUAAAGAUGUUGCUUUUACUGUCAAAGAUUUAGACUCGAUUGUCAAGAUGGCUAAACAGAGAGGUGCUAAAAUUGUGAAGGAUAUUUGGGAGGAAAGUGAUGAUUUCGGUACUGCGCGCUUUGCGGUUGUGCAGACGUACGGUGACACGACGCACACCUUAAUUGAUAGGUCCAAGUACAGAGGCCUGUUUUUGCCCAACUUCAAGAAGCCUCUCCACGAAGACAGCCUUUGUUCCAAACUGCCUCCUGCCAAACUCGACUUUAUCGACCAUGUCGUUGGAAACCAACCAGAUCUGCAGAUGGAGAAUAGUGCCAAAUGGUACGAGCAAAAUUUGCUCUUCCACCGAUUUUGGUCUGUUGACGAUUCACAGCUGCACACGGAAUUUUCAGCCCUGCGUUCCAUCGUAAUGGCAAACUGGGAGGAAACUAUCAAGAUGCCUAUUAAUGAGCCUGCUCCCGGAAAAAGGAAGAGCCAAAUUCAGGAGUAUGUGGAUUACUACGGGGGUGCGGGUGUUCAGCACAUUGCCCUUAAUACAAGCGACAUCAUCACCGCUAUUCGCAACCUGCGUUCCCGCGGAAUGGACUUUUUGUCCGUCCCCAAGACUUACUACACGACUUUGCGCGAGAACCUGAAAAACAGCAAAGUGGUAGUCACUGAGGACUUGGAUAUUUUGGAGGAAUUAAAUAUCCUCAUUGACUAUGAUGAAAAUGGUUACUUGCUGCAAAUCUUCACCAAAAACAUGCAGGAUCGGCCCACAUUGUUCUUGGAAGUGAUCCAGAGACACAACCACAAUGGGUUCGGAGCUGGAAAUUUCAAAGCUCUCUUUGAGGCUAUCGAGCUUGACCAGGCGCAGAGAGGAAAUCUGUAAUUUGAAAAUAAAGGCAUCUUUAUUUGUUUUAA